AUGAAUGUGCAUCUCAGCUUUGAGGAUGGCUGGAAGGUCCUGGAGCAGGGCAUUGUGACAUGUUCAAAGAUUUUGGAGGGAUCCACUGGUACAAGGCCUACUGUUGCUGAGUACAUGAAUUGCUAUGAGUAUGAUUCUAUCAUUAUCACGUGUAAUAUGUAUAUCUUAACUAUUACCAGUGAAGCACUUAAAUUUGUUGCACAUGAUAUGUCCAUAUACUUUUCCAGCUGUGCUUAUAGAAUGGCGGUGCAGACAACCAGCUAUUGUGAAGAGAUGUACAAUGGUUACAAGGCUACACUUGCAGAAUCUGUUCGUGCACUGGUUUGCCCCCAUCUGAUGCACCAGAGAGACGGCUACCUUUUGAGACAGCUUGCGAAAAUGUGGUCUAACUAUUGUAUCAUGGUUAAAUGUGUAUCUGGCUUCUUCAACUAUUUGGACCGUUGCUUUGUUGAGCAAAGAAAGCUACCUUGUCUUGAAGACACUGCUGCCACUUCUUUUUUCUCUACAAUUCGCCAAGAGCGUGAUGGAAUCAAUGUUGAUAUGGACAUCUUGAUGGGCAUUAUGCGUGGCAUAUGUCGCUCUGAAGUCAAAUCCUUCAUGAAAAAUGCUGUUGUUCAAGAUACAUAUGCUUACUACUCCAGGAAAAGUUCUGAAUGGAUUGUUCAGUACCCUCUACAAGAUUACCUUGCCAAGGUUCAGGAUUGUAUGGAGAAGGAAACCAUGAGAUUGAUGAGCUAUCUGAGUAUUGCUGAGGGUGAUAGCACAGAGCUCUGUUUGAAGGUUGUUAGUGCUCCAUUGAUGCAAACUUAUGACAGCUAUGCAAGAGAGAAACAGAUUGGUGGCCAACUUUUGCUUCAAACAUACAAGACUGUAGAGGACGAUCUGCUGGCCAGAUGCAAUCGCUUGACAAUUGACAGCGGUGUGGACAACAGUUCUGGCAGUUACAUGGAGUAG